UUGUCUAGUAGUGUCAUAGAACAACACGGACCGCCGUUUCUGUUAUGAUAAGUUGUAAUAAUUACUUUGAGAACAAAUAAACAGGGGAUAGUAUGGCUGGGAUUAAAGAUGCAUAUGAACUCAUAGACCCUGUAACGCUGAGACUUGGAGAAGAGAGCAUCACAUCCCACCUGUACUGCAGCGCUGCCAAGGGCAUUGAAGCUCGUUUGUCCACUUUGGUGGAGGCCUUCUUGGUUGAGGUGUUUCGCUGCCGAGUGUGCCAAUUCACUAGUGGUCUGAAAGCUAGGAUCUGCAGUCACAUCACCGAAAGUCAUUCUUCAGCAUCAUCAUCACCAUGUCGCCACCUCUCCUGCCUGGAGAAGGAGGAUGAGGAGAGCUUGACUGAGAUUGACCGAAAUGCAUCUCCUUAUGAUCUCCAUUCUGGCUCCAAAACCAGUGAGGAUCAAAUGGAUAUGGACCGCAUGUUUCUGCUCCCAAUGUAUGGUAUGUUGCAGAACAUCAGCCCACCACCAUGCGAUAUCAGCUUGAGCGCCAACUCCGACAGCAACCUUCAUGUAGCCCAGACAUGCGAGGUGAGCACUUUAUUUGAUGAAGACAGACACAGCGAAGAGGAGAACGUCUUCCAUUUGGAGGAUUCCAGCCAUGGACUCCAAGGACCGCUUUCUGCUGAAAUCACUUGUGCCGAGGAUGAGGAAAUGGCACAGUCUGCUCAUUUAAUGACCCUUGGCUUGUGCAGAAUCUCUAGUGCCAAAUGUUCCUCUCAGCCUGCCGCCCUGUCUGUGCCCCCAGGUGGACAGGACGUCCCAGAGACAUCCCUGGAAGACAAACAACCCCUUUUGACCACAUCCGAAAUACAAAAGCAGGUUGAAGAGGAAAUGGGGCUUUCUUGCGUUUUCUGUCAGGCAGUCUUGGCUAACCAUAGCCUGUUAGAGGUGCACCUGAAGUGCCAUGAUGGUCAACAGGGCUUCAAAUGCCCACACUGUGGCCGAGCAGCAGCGGACUGGGCUGAUAUGGAGUGCCACUGGAGGAGCCAUGCAAGAAAGAGGAGGACUAAACACCACAAGUGUGCUCUUUGUCCCAGGACGUUCAGGAGAGCAGAUUUGUGUGAAGCUCACCAGAAGAAGCAUAACCGAGCUCGGACUAAACCCGCUUCUCUGACACAGUGCUCCCUGUGCUUCGAGUGGUGCCACCCGGGACGGGAGUGGGAGAUGCACCAGCGCUGCCACCUUCAGGGAGAGUUUAAGUGCUUGUACUGCAAUUUCACAGAAAAAGCUUGGAAGACAAUGUACAAGCACAUCCUCAGUCAACAUACGCAAAGUGAUGGAGAUUCACACCACAACAUUUCCUACAAUGUAUCAUCCCUGAAGUUUGAUGUUCAGUUGUCGAACAGUUACUCCAAAUGCCUUGGAGAUGUGCAGGCGGAGUCAUGGAGACAUGUGACAAAGAUGAGCGUAAAACAAAAGGUUGUCGGAAAGAAAAAACUUGACAAGGACAAAAGGGACUGCGGGACAGCCACCGAGCAGGAGACGAGUGUGGGAUUAAAGGUCCCUAAACGGAAAGAGUUCUGCUGCACGCUUUGUGAUAAAAAAUUUUCCAGCAAGCUCACCAUGCGACGUCACAUGGAUAUUCAUCAGGGGAAGAAGCCUUUUAAGUGCCCUGGCUGCCACUACAGCACCAGAUUGAAAGCGUCUCUCAUCCAGCACAUGCGUGUUCACACAGGUGAAAAGCCUUACAAGUGUCCCCAGUGUUCAUACGCCUCCAUUGACAGGAGCUCUCUGAGACGACACUCAAGGACACACACUCAGGAAAAGCCCUACCACUGCCAGUACUGUCCCUACAGCUGCAUCCAGAAGAAAAGCUUGGACCUCCACUCUAGGCGGCAUCACACUGGAGAGUCAUUCCCCUGCCCGCUGUGUCAGUACUCAACACCGGACCGACAACUGUUGCUACGACACACACGCAAACACCACACCUCUGAGAACUCUUCUGUACUCGGGCCGAGGAAUACACCGACUUCCAAAAGAACUCGAACCUCCAAAUAACACAGACUACUAGGGCUGUAACGAUCAGUCUGAAUAAGGAAAUUUGCCUUAAUGUAGUUAACUAAUGACAAAUGUAAGGGAGCACGUCUCUAUUUCUGGGUAGAAUGUAAUACCAAUUGAAGCCACUGGGGGCAGCAGUAAUGCUGACGCAAGUACUGUAAAACAGCUGUUUUUAGGCUCAACACUGUUGAAGCAGAUUUAAAGAACACACAAAAAAACGAUGGAAAAUUUUCACUUGCAACAUACAAGUUUCUUGAUUAGCUAACAAGAAGUCAAACAGAGACAGCAGAUCGAAAGUGGAAAAAAAAGUUUAAGAUGAUUUCCCACCCACUUCAUGUGGGCAGGGCUGCACUCUUUCUUGAAGACAUUAGUUAUGGCCAGGUUCUUGCCCAAACUGAUAAUCUCAUCAGUUUUUCUCUGGCUACUAUUCUUGCUGGAGCAGUUGGAGGUUAGGCACCUUGCUCAAGGGAACUUGAGCUAGUCCUGCUGGUUCAGGAACUCGAACCAGCAACUUUUUUGGCCCAAAGCUGUUUCUUUAACCAUUUGGUCAUGACUUUCCCUCAACUUUGAAUGAUGGUGGCAGUGAGAGAGGAAUAAAAAAGCAAAUCCUAAAACACUUGACUGAAGUAAAAGCAUGGAACAGUGCAGUCUACACAAAGCAGACGCCUUUCAUAACAGUACAAGCGUUAAAAACGAAAGCAGACAAAAGCUCCUGCUUGGUGAGUGAAAUAUACGAAACAGUUAAUAGCACAUUUUGUUCAAGAGGCUUGGUAUUUUCUUUAUGCAAUAGUGAAAUAUUUGUAGCAAUUUCAUAGGUUAAUGAGGCCAGUCGAGUUUGACUUUUUUCAUUUUUAGCCCAUUUCAUUUUGUGAUUUUAAUAGAGGUACUUUAUCAAAAGUCAGGGAGAAAAAGAUCAAUCUACUAAAGGCAAAAAUACAAGUUUUUUUGUGCUAUUAUUUAAAAUAAAUAGCUUAUCAAAUCCCUUAUUUGCAAUUUAAAUUGGCUAUUAUUGUAACAGGGAAUAAUCAUUCAAUAUUAUCCCAAGAAGAUUCAGUAGAGUCAGAUGUUACAUGAUUGUUCCUCACAGUUUUUACAUUAUAUUAUUGAAAAAACAAUGAACAACAAUGAUGAAAGAUAUUUAUUACAGCUGUUCUCAUUUAUGAGCCACAUUUAAGCCAAUUGAUAAAAAAAAUUGCAGAUGAAUUUGCACAAAUAAUCGAUGAUUAAUACAUAUAUGUAUUUUUUUG